GGCGAGUCUGGGGCUCUCCGAGGACGGGAGCAGCGUGCCCUGAGCACGGGGGAAGUCCCCGCUUUGCUUCUCAUACAUUAAGUUCCUUUCCACCAGUUAGGGCAAGUCAGCCAAGGAAUGUUGCAAUAGAGCCUACGGAAUGUAGAAAAUGGUUCCAUGUGUUCACCUCCUGUGAAGACUUAGAAUCAGACAACUGCAGCUUUGAUGUUCCAAGUGUUUCAGGAUGUAAAUGCAGUCUGACCUUUCCUGGAUGGACUGUUAAAUCAUGGACACACCAAACAAUUUACUUUGGACUGCCCUUCCAAAAGAUGCUUUGGCUUCUCUUUUGAAUACUCACUAAGCAUUUGUAGCUGACAAGGAAAAGAAAGGAAACUGUGAACUGGAAAGUGAUCUUACAAUGAAAAUUACGAGCACAUCUUGCAUCUGUCCAGUCCUCGUGUGUCUCUGUUUUGUGCAGAGGUGUUAUGGAACUGCUCACCACAGCUCCAUCAAGGUGACCAGAAACCAAACCAAACACAUUGAAGGUGAAACCGAAGUCCACCAUCGCCCCAAAAGGGGAUGGGUUUGGAAUCAGUUCUUUGUUUUAGAAGAACAUAUGGGACCAGAUCCACAAUAUGUUGGAAAGCUGCACUCCAAUUCUGACAAAGGUGAUGGGUCUGUCAAGUACAUCCUUACUGGAGAAGGUGCCGGGACAAUAUUUAUCAUUGAUGACACCACGGGUGACAUCCACUCAACAAAAAGCCUAGACAGAGAACAGAAGACCCACUAUGUGCUUCAUGCCCAGGCCAUUGACAGACGGACAAACAAGCCUCUUGAACCUGAGUCCGAGUUCAUCAUCAAAGUGCAAGACAUCAAUGACAAUGCUCCGAAGUUCACAGAUGGACCCUAUAUCGUUACUGUGCCUGAAAUGUCAGAUAUGGGUACCUCUGUUCUACAGGUGACAGCUACUGAUGCAGAUGACCCUACCUACGGAAACAGCGCCCGGGUGGUUUACAGUAUUCUCCAAGGACAACCCUACUUCUCCGUAGAUCCUAAAACAGGUAAAAUAGGACAGGGAUAUUUCCAGGAAAAAAUGCUGUAAUCAUAUCUCAGAUGUGUUGAACAUACACCAUGCCUUUGGUAUAAAGUCAUACCUUCAGAAUACGGACCAUGCUCCAUAUUGGAAAGAAUACUGGACUUAGAGUCUGCACACUGUGGUCUGGAUCCUGAUUCACCUUAUAUUUUGAUGUACAAUCUGAAAACAUUAUUCAGCCUUCACAGGUCCAUUGUAGGGUAUUUGGGAGCAUUGACGAAGACAACACGGAUGAUGAUACACAACCCAAUGCAAAUUAUGAAUGUGAUAGAGAUGAGUGCUAUGCACGUAAUCAAUGAAGCUUCCUGUGCAUGCAUCUGU